CGCUUUAGAGGGACGAAGCAGCGCGCUUGCGUGGCCACUCCUCUGAACGCAUGCGUGCGGCAGAGCCGAACGAGGCGUAGUGAAACCCACUGCGCCUGCGCAAAGGUUUUAAAAGCGGCGGUUGGAGAACAGCGCACGCGCAUAACUCUUUAGUCAGCGGUUGGAUGGAUGGAGGUGGGAAACCUUGGCAUCGACGGUCGCUUCAACACUUGGUCCACUCUGGGUCUGACCAGCAACACCCCAAAGGCACAACCUCCAGUCCUGUUCGGAUGGACCCAGAUGUAAACCCUCAGGAUGAAAAGCAGCAUCGGAAAAGUAACAGAAGAUCUUCGCAAGUCCCACGAGGCGAGUUUGAAGGCCCACUCACUUCCAUUAAGGGCCACUGUCCUGCCAAACCCUCACCCAGUUUCCUAGAGCUUCCAUCCACUCAGUGGAAGCCUAGCCCAGGCCUUCCGUAUACUCAGACGGCUAGGAUAGGAAAAGGAAAGAGACAUUUCUCGCCUGAACAUCAACCUCAGGAAUGCUUCGGCCUGCUGGAGUGCAUGCACAACAACAUCCAGGUUCAAACAAAGAUUUCUCAGGCGCAGCUGUCACUCCUAGAGGACAUACGAGAUACCGUGAAUGCCCUCUCUGUGCAGGAGCAGCAAAGCCACGAAUCCCCAGGGCAGUCAGAGCAACGCCCCAGGAAGGGGUCGGCCUCCUCACCCCAGCCCCUCAGCUAACAGCAUGCACUAGUUACCUCCUCCUUCCGACUCAGAAACCCUCACCAUCUGCCCAGAGCAAUUGUGCCGCCACGGCGCGUUCCGUGAUCAUGCAAGGUCUUUGUGUAUUACCUAUGGCUGCAGAAUGUGGGUUUCUCUGCCAGCCGGGAAUGCUGUGGGAUGCAGAGCGAGUUGGAACUUGAAAAUAAAAAAUUAUACAUUUUA